CCACCGAAUUAAACAAAGAAAAAACUUCGUCACUUUGAUUUCUCUCUCCCCGGAACUCAGAGAGAGAAAUUUCAUUCAUUCCACCAUUCACACUUAACAGUUACCAGAUUCUAGAAAGAGAAAAAGGAAAACGAAGAAUAACGUAACAGAAACUUCAACGAAGAACAACAAUGAAGAUUUUUAGGGUUUUAUAACUAAACCAAAACGGUGAUUGAUUUCAAUGGAAAUGCCUGCUAGAAGAUCUAAUUACUCGAUUCUAAGUCAAGUUCCCGACGAUCAAUUCUCCUACGCCGCCAGCGCUAGUGCUCCGGCACCGUCGUCGUCGAGCGACGGAAAAGCUAGUAGAGGCGGUUGGGAGUUAGUCGGCGAUCAUCGGCAAGGGAACAAUCGGAUCGGGAAUUUGAAUUUGUAUUCAUCGAUCGGAUUACAGCGGCAGUCGAGUGGAAGUAGUUACGGCGAAAGUUCGUUAGCCAGCGGCGGUGAUUAUUAUGCGCAGAAUCUGUCGGCGGUGGCGGCUAGUGAGGUUGAUGCGUUUGGUUAUUUGCAUGAGGUUGGUGAGGUGAGGGGGAAGUUGGCGGAAAGUGCGGCGUGGAACGGGGGAUCGUCUGGUAAGAGCUGGGCGCAGCAGACGGAGGAGAGUUAUCAGUUGCAGCUUGCGCUGGCUUUGAGGUUAUCGUCGGAUGCUACUUGUGCUGAUGAUCCGAAUUUUCUGGAUCCGGUGCCAGAUGACGCGGCUUCGAGGCUUUCGGCAUCGGCUGAGGCUGUUUCGCAUCGAUUUUGGGUGAAUGGCUGCCUAUCAUACUCCGACAAAAUUCCUGAUGGCUUUUAUCUGAUUCAUGGGAUGGAUUCCUAUGUAUGGACUGUGUGCACUGAUCUGCAGGAAAACAGCCGAAUCCCAUCAGUUGAUACUCUAAAGUCUGUACAUCCCCGCAUUGAUUCUUCCCUUGAUGUAGUUUUGGUGGAUCGGCGCAGUGAUGCCAGCUUGAGAGAACUGCAAAACAUGGUUCAUAACAUCUCUUGUAGCAGCAUAACAACAACAGAGGUUGUGGAUCAGCUUUCCAAGCUGGUUUGCAACUGUAUGGGGGGUUCAGCUUCUGCUGGGGAGGAUGAGUUUCUAUCUUUUUGGAGGGAUUGCAGCAAUAAUCUGAAAGAUUGCUUAGGAUCUGUUGUUUUUCCCAUAGGUAGUCUAUCUGUUGGUCUCUGCAGGCAUCGCGCCAUAUUAUUCAAAGUGCUAGCUGAUGCUAUUGAUUUACCAUGUCGAAUUGCAAAGGGCUGUAAAUAUUGUAAAAGAGAUGACGCUUCUUCUUGUCUUGUUCGAUUUGGGCUUGACAGGGAAUAUCUUGUUGAUUUAAUUGGGAAGCCAGGACACUUAUCCGAGCCUGAUUCCUUGCUCAAUGGUCCAUCUUCCAUCUCAUUUUGUUCACCCUUGCGCUUUCCAAGACUUAAGCCAGCUGAAACUACAAUUGAUUUCAGGUCACUAGCCAAACAGUAUUUCUCAGACUGUCUGUCUCUUGAGCUUUUCUUCGACAACAGUUCAGCAGAACAGUUGGAUGGGAAAUGCAAUGAAAGUAAUAACCUUAGGCCAAUAUCAAGUGACAUCAACAUAAAUUCUCACCUUGCUUUGUAUCCGCAAGCUCCUCUUCCGAGUACACUUGAUCAAGCUUCUGAAACAUAUAUGUUAUGUAACCCUCCUCAGAACAUUAUAGAAUCAACAACUGUGGGCAAGUAUCCGCCGCCUUUAAAGCAUAAGCGUCCUGUUGCUAUUGCCAAUGAUGAUGUCAUCGAGGGUAGGAGGUUUAUUGAAGGAAGUCAACUAAUUCCUAGCAAGCCUACUCGAGAGGUUGCCUUUGACAUGGAGGAUUUGGCCAUACCAUGGAGUGAUCUUGUUUUAAAAGAAAAAAUAGGAUCAGGUUCUUUUGGAACUGUACAUCGUGCCGAGUGGAAUGGUUCGGAUGUUGCUGUUAAAAUUUUGAUGGAGCAAGAUUUUCAUGCAGAACGCUUCAAGGAAUUCAUGAGGGAGGUUGCAAUAAUGAAACAUUUGCGGCAUCCAAACAUUGUUUUAUUAAUGGGGGCAGUCACUCAACCUCCUAACUUAUCAAUUGUCACCGAAUAUUUAUCAAGGGGUAGCUUAUACCGGCUGUUGCAUAGACCUGGUGCCAAGGAAGUGUUGGAUGAGAGGCGCAGGCUUAGUAUGGCUUACGAUGUGGCAAAAGGGAUGAAUUAUCUUCACAAGCGUAAUCCCCCCAUUGUUCAUAGAGACCUGAAAUCUCCAAACCUUCUUGUUGACAAGAAAUACACAGUGAAGGUUUGUGAUUUUGGGCUUUCCCGCUUAAAGGCCAACACAUUUCUCUCUUCCAAGUCAGCUGCUGGGACUCCUGAGUGGAUGGCUCCAGAAGUUCUUCGUGAUGAGCCAUCAAAUGAGAAGUCUGAUAUUUAUAGCUUUGGGGUAAUCAUGUGGGAGAUUGCAACAUUGCAACAGCCAUGGGGUAAUUUGAAUCCAGCACAGGUUGUCGCUGCCGUUGGCUUCAAGCAUAAAAGGCUCGAGAUCCCACGCAAUUUGAAUCCACAAAUAGCUGCAAUAAUUGAGGCUUGCUGGGCCAAUGAGCCCUGGAAACGUCCUUCUUUUGCCAGCAUUAUGGAUUCUCUAAGGUCAUUACUCAAACCCCCUACACCUCAACCUGGUCUUCCAAGCACGCCAUGUCUCACCUGAAUGGUUGGAACGCCGAGUUGUUCUUCGUGCACAUACACAGGAUUUUAUUGGUUUUGAUGUCUAACAGGAUUACACCAUUUUAAGUGGUCAUAGAGUAAGAGUUGUAUAUUUCUUUUCUAAUUGAGGUUUGAGAAUACUGAUUUUCAAUGCAAAGCAAGGAUACUCGAUCUUUGUUCCAACAAAAUUGUUUGAUAAUAUCUUUAAUUUCGCCUAGAAAAGCUUAAUUUUUUUUGUUCUUUCAGAAUUUUGAUGUAAAAAUGACUCCCAUUGUAAUUACAUUAAGUUAAUGAUAAGUAACUUCACCUGUUUUUCUUUUGCCUGUA